CAACACCCCAAAGAAAACGUUGAAAUAAUGACUAAGGUUUUUUUAAUGUUCCUUUUUAAAUCAAAAUUAACGACACCAAGGAACUAGAACAAAUUUGCACUUUACUCUAAAUUGAACCACCCAAGGUGAAGGUUGAAGAUGAUCAGCUUCAGACAUAUGGCUGUUGCUAAAAGCGAUUUGGGAUUCCGGCUUGUUGUCUUGUAUCUGUUGCUCCUGCUCCUUACAGGUUUCCAGAAUUCUCAGGGGCAUUUCAAUAGACAUGUUGCGUUCUUCAUUUUCGGUGAUUCACUUUUCGAUUCUGGAAACAACAACUACAUAAAAACUACUCCGGAGUUUCAAGCCAAUUUUUGGCCAUAUGGCGAAUCAUACUUCGAUCCGCCAAGUGGAAGAUUCUCUAAUGGCCGUCUCAUACCUGAUUUCAUCGCUGAAUUUGCUGGAUUGCCUCUCAUUCCUGCGUAUCUCGACCCCCGUUACCAUAAUAAUGGAUUUCUUUAUGGAGCAAAUUUUGCGUCAGGGGGAUCUGGUGUAUUAGUUGAAACCAAUGCGGGAUUUGUAGUUGAUCUCAAAACUCAGCUACAGUAUUUCUACGAUUUAGAAAAACGUUUUAGGAAGGAUUUGGGUGGUUUGAAAGCCCAACAACUGUUGUCCGACGCUGUCUACUUGUUUGGCUGUGGAGUCAACGACUAUGCAGUCCUCCUAAGCAACAACCAGAGUAGUCAUCAUCAUCAGCAGUACGUUGAAAUGGUGAUCGGAAACUUGACCGAUGUGUUCAAGGGAAUCCUUGAAAAAGGUGGGAGGAAGAUUGGAAUCGCUACGAUCCCGCCAUUAGGUUGUUCGCCUAUAGCUCGUGCACAACAGCUAGGCAAUACCUGCAACGAAGAAUUAAACACCUUAGCAAGUCUACACAAUCGAGCACUUUCCAAGAAAAUGAAAGAGCUAACAAAACAAUUUGAAGGAUUCAUGUGUGCAAACUAUGACCUCUCGACUGCUCUUGCCAAACGGAUGAGGAACCCAUCAAAUUAUGGUACUCGUAGUUUCAAGGUAGGAGACACUGCAUGUUGUGGUAGUGGUCCUUUCCGAGGGAUUUUUAGUUGUGGAGGCAAAAGAGGAAUACAAGAGUUUGAAUUGUGUGAUAAUCCUGAUGAUUAUGUUUUCUUUGAUGCCCCUCAUCCUAGUGAAGCCGCAAGCCGACAAUUCGCGCAAUUGUUCUGGGACGGAGAUUCCAAUGUCACAACACCUUACAAUUUAAAAGCCUUGUUUCAAGAUUUUAAGGAAAAGUGGAUGAGGUGGAGGCAUUGAUAAUUUAGUCCAUGGAUUGCGUGAAGGACAAUCAGUCAAUCACUCACACUACUGUUUCCUUGAUGAGUCAUCAAGAACACCUGCCUUCUUCUCAUUCUCUCUUUGUACACGCGUCCAGGUUUGUCUUUCCCAGUACACCAGUAGCUUUCCUAAUACAUUACUAUUUAAUUAAAGCUCUCCUUUCUGUCAUCCAUACCACACGAUAUCCUCUUCUUGUUAGUUUCUCUACACACAGAUGGAGACCAUCACACACCUCCUACAUCUCUUCGCUACAAUGGUAAAUUCUAUUUUAUUUAUGGCGGCUUUUCCCUUGUAUUUUUGUUUCUAUGACAAUAAAGGUAUUUCCAAUUGGUUGUCAAUCCAUUGUUUCCCCUUAGUUAAUUUCUGUAUUUUGGUGUUGAAAAUUUUUGAAGUAGUUAUCCCUUGCUUCACAAGAAUCGAUUAGGGCUUCAAGUUGGUUUUGAAAUUGAAAGGGUUAAACCCUUAUCCUGGAUUUUGUGUAAAACUGGGUCUUGAGAUUGCCUUCUUGCUUUUUGGUUCCACCCGACAAAUGAAGAACUUGUGGUACCAUUCUUUGAGGCGUAUCAUCCCUGAGGUCGAUGCUAAUAAUUCUGAUCAUUGGGAGUUACCAGGUUCAUGCCGCCUAUAUUAAAUAACAUGUCCAAGAACUUUUAAUUUCUUUCAAUUUCAACUUCUAUCCGGUUCUAAUCGAUUUUUUUUCCUAUUUGUUGUUGUCAAGUAUAUUCCAUGUCUUUGCUAUCCAUCAAUUAGGUAUACUAUCUAAUUUAUUUAAUUGUUUUAUUUUAGGUACGCUUUGGUAAUUUAGGGUUUGUUUUACCUCUUCUUUAUGCAUUACCUUCCGGAUUAUUUCUCUUUAGAUCUGUUUAAAAUCGAACCCCUGGAUUUUUUGGUCCCGAUCCUUCUUAUUCUUUCUCCAAUUAAUAUGUAUCUUUUACAUUACAGAUCAUCCAUGGAUACGUAAUGCCAAGAACGCUCUAAAUGAUUCUUUAGAUGAAACUGUUAUAUCAAGAUUGAAGCAAUUCUCACACAUGAACACGAUGAAGAAGAGAGCAUAGAGG